AUGGCUCGUGCUCUCAACAAAGUUCACAAGCAGAUAUCCAAGAAGCGAGGAGGCAAGCCGAACGCUCUGCAUGAGAAUAGUCGAGAUGCACAACGGCUCCGACGAGCAGGAGCAAGGGAAGAGAAGCUGGCACGGUUGAUGGAUGCAGCAGUCAAGGCCAAUCAAGUCUAUGUGGAACGGGUGGCAUGGUUCAAGUCAGCUUUGCAAGGCUCCACAGGAGUGUUGACGGACGAAGAAAUGCAACUACUCACGCAGAGCUUUAUCGAGCGUGAGGAUGAAGAACUAGCCGAAGCCAAACAACAGCGUCGACCGGGAAGACCACCGACCAAGCAGGAAGAGAAAAUCAGCCACCGAAAAGAAGUCGAAGAACGCGAAUUCCGUGCCGGGUUCUGGGUCCCUGAACUUCGGAACGAGGAAAGCCGAAGGAAGGUUGAGAGAUGGGCUGGGGAAUGGGGGGGAUUGAACACGCUGGAUUUUGUUCGCGUUGUUAAGUCGGGCGACAUCAGACCUUCAAGCUUCCCUCCUAAGGCACUCUCAUGA